GCUCCAGAAAAUGAUCGGUAUCGAUGAGUGUUGCACAAUUCGUACAAUUCCAACGGACCGCGUUUGGUAUUUUUUAGCAUCUUUCGGCGCGACCAGAUAAAAUGGCAGCUCUACGUGGAUGGAAAUUCGUUGGCUUCGUGUCCUGCAUUGUAGGAGCCAUUGGGUUGGCAGUGUAUCCGGUGAUAUUGGAUCCAAUGCUCAAUACGGAGAAGUACAAAUCGCUUCAGGAGUACAGCAAAAUAAAAAGAGAUGAGCUGCAACAUACUAUUAAAGGAAAGGACUAAAUAUGGUUUACUUUAGCAUAUAUAAUUGGCAUGUGUAUAAUGCAAAAAGCAAGAUGUCAAUUUUGUAGUUGCCAAACAACCACAAUGUAAAUUACCUCAUUUAAUGUUCGUAUAAUUAUGCAAGUUUUAUCUAAUUUUAACGCCAACUAAUUAGGUAUUAAGAUAAUAUUUGAUAAAAUUAAAUAAUUACCGAGUAA